ACCAGCUUGCGUUUGAGCGCAUUCACAGGUAUGGAAAUCGGUCAAUUUUAUUGGAAAUUCAGUUAGAUUUUGGACGUUAUUGUAGAAAUAAGCUGCUUGUAAAUAGAGGCUGUAUAUAUAAAGUAAUAGAGUAAAGAUGAGUUUGGGAGCGCGCGCCACCAAGGGUGGUGCGAAGCCUGGAAAGGAUGGCAAGCACGCGCAGGACAAGGGCAAAAACACAGACAAACCACAGCCCAAGGAGAAGGUGAAACCGCAGGCAACAACAGAACAACUCCGCAUGGCACACAUGAUCGAUCGUAAAAGCGAAGACGCGUCUGACGUUCGGAGAAUGGUGCAAGAACUGAUGGAGAUGACGUGCCGCACGGAGGACGAGGUGUGUUCCGCGCUGUACGACACAGACAACGAUCUGGUCGCCGCCUGCGACCUGCUGCUCGAGGACACUCAGCGGAUACAGGGCGAAUGGCAGACUACUGAGAAGAAGAAAAAGAAACCGCCUGCCCCUGCGGGCAACGGCGAACUAGAGCCGCAGCGGGACCCGCGCAGCCGCUCCGGACCUCGCCCACGUCGCGGAGAAGGCGAACGCGGCGAGCGCGGCGAGCGAGGGGAGCGCGGCGAGCGCGGCGAGGCGGGCUGGCGCGGGCGCGGCGCCGCUCGCGGGCGGGGCGGCGCGCGCGGCGGCCGGGGCGGGGGCCCGCGCCGCGGCGCGCCCGGCCGCGCCCGCCAGGGCCGCACCAACAGCGACUGGCCCGACAACUCCAACCUCGUGACUAACAUCGUGGACCCGUUCCCCGCCACAGAAGACUGGGACAAUGAGGAGUGGUCUGGAUCUCUCUCAGAUACUAAGGUGUUCACAGCAAGUUCGGCUGUUCAGAACGCCGUCGUGGACCCCGACUCUGUUGGCGCACAAAACAAUGUGACGGAGGACUGGGACAACCCGGAGGCGAACGGUCCGACGGAGGGCCACAUCCCAACGUACACGUACCACAACACGGCGCACACCACGCAUCAUCAUCAUUCCAUCAUGGACCAAAUGAGCUCGGGCAGCCCCGGGCCGGGCGCCUCACCAGCUAGUGCAGGAGGCGCGGCGGGGCCGGGCGGCGCGCCCGCGGGGGGGCCGGGGCCCGCGCCGGGACCUGCCGCUCCUGCGCCUGAGCCCGCGCUGCACGAACAGUACCACGCGGCGCACCAGCACCAGCCAAUGGGCAUGUCUGGCAGCCUGACUGCAGCGCAGUCGCAGUACCUGUCUCAGCUGACGCAGCAGUCGCAGCGGCACGAGAGCAGCGUGUACAGCUCCAACUACGGCGUGUACUCGUCGGGCGUGGCGGAGCUGUCGGCGCGCAAGCCGGCGCGUGCGCGCGUGCCGCCGCCCAGCAAGAUCCCGGCCAGCGCCGUCGAGAUGCCCGGCGGCGAGGCGGCCGCGCUCUUCCUCGACGUGCAGUUCGGCGCGCUGGACCCGGACGAUAGCGACAAACCGGUGACAACACAGGCGGAGAGCCAGCCGGCGCCAGUGUCCACCAGCCACGAGACAACGACUGAAGUUCCUGUCACAACAUAUCCCAGUUCCAACAGUAUGUUAAACGAGAGUCUCUCGGUAGUAGAGUCGUCGACGCCCAGCCAGCCGGUCACAUCAGAGCCGGUAGUCACAAAUGCAACGUCAGCACUAGAGAAGCAGUUGAACGCGUCGAUGAAGCAGCUGAGCGUGUCGUCGCCCCCGGCUGCGAGCGGGGCGAGCGGCGCGAGUGGCGCGAGUGUGUCGAGUGGCGCGGUGGCGGCGAGCGCGGCGGAGGGCGCGAGCGCGCCCGCGGCCGCGCCGCCCGCGCACGCCGCGCACCCGCAGGGCUACGCGCACCACAGGCCCAAGACGGUGGGACCACAACAGAAUGUGUACGCGCACCACGCUGUAUCUCAUCACCCACCUGUAUACGGCGCCAACGUGUACGCACCACAGGUUAAUUCCACGAACGCAUCGCUGACUGGCGCGUCGGCCAUCACGGCGACCGCGUAUCCGUCCAGUGUGACGCUCACGCAGUACCAACCCAUUAUCAACUCAUAUCAGACGUCGUCAUCGGCGGCGGUGUACGGCGGCAGCGCGCUGUACACCGCGGCACCAUACACGGCGUACCAGCCCACCGCACAACCCAAACUGCCACCCAAAGAGACGCAACAGCAACAGUACGAGAGUUCAGUGUCGUCGAGUAACAGCUUAACGUCGACGUCGACGACGCAGACGUCCACGUCGAAGGUGACGACGACGUCGGGCACGGGCGGCGGCAGCUCGGCGGCGUACGGCGCGGGCGCGGGCGCGGCGCAGGGCGCGGGCGCGUUAUACAGCGGCGCCGCCACCGCCACGCCUUACGCCUACGACGAACCGCAACUCAUGCGCACCACCAUGCCGCACCACAUGGGUGGUUACUACGAGGUGGGGUACGGCGUUGGCGGCGGUCGCGAGGGCGCCUUCGGUCUCGGCGCUGCUGACCGCUUCGGACGCGCCGACGCUGCCUCACCGCAACAGGUGCCUGCCGCCGCGUUACCGCCCGGCUAUGCGUACUUCACAUACCAGCCACCACCUACCACGUACCAAUACGGAGUGUACCCCACGUACGGCGGCGGUUCGAAUGUGGGCGGAGUCGGCGGCGUGGGCGGAGUUGGCGGCGUGUCGGCCACCGGCAAGGUGAACACGUACGCGCAGCAACAGCAGCCGCCAUACGACGCGCAGGACUCAUACAAACCAGGAGCAGCGUACUCGGGCAGCGGGGCCAAAAGCGGCGCCGCGGCGGAUCUCACUAACGCCAUGUACGCCAAGACGCACGUCGCGCUCAACAAAGUUAAUAGCUACGAGAAGGCGGGAUUCGCGGGCGGCACUCCGCCGCCGUUCGGCGCCUCGCAUCUGUACAUCCCCGCGCCGCCGCACCACCACCCGCACCACCACGCGCCGCAGCACCAGCUCCAGCCGAUGGAUGUACGGGUGAACAGUAGUCAUAACAGGCGGGAGAGCGGGUCUGGCGGCGGCCGCGCGGCGUCAAGCAAGCCCCCAGCCAGCAAGCCGAGCUACUCGCAGUCCUACUGGGCGCCCAACUAGCUGUUGCAGGCACUCAACAUUCACGCAGUCGUCAGACAAAUGUACAUAGAGUUUGGCUCGGCGCCGCCGCCCGAGGCGCCGCGGCCGGCGAGGCGCGCGCCCCCCGCGGGCCCCACGCCCCCCGCGCCGCCCCGCACCGCCGCCCCGCCGCCGCCCGCCGAGCGCCGCUGAACACAACUCCACGUGUAAAAUAAAUCCAACCGAUUCGAUUGAACUAUGUUAAUAUUAUUGUUUAAAUUCAGUGUGACCGACGUCGGCCGCGGACCUGCCCCGGCCGACGUCGACUCCGAAUAGGUUACGGUGUGUUUAAAAUAAAAUAAUUAAAAAAAAUUAAGUAGUGCUAUGUAUAUCCUAUGUCUACGAAAUAUGUAUAUGGAUGUAAGCGUUUGGUGCGCUAUGCGCGCCGAAUUUUUUGUAUUUAGUUGACAGACUUUUUGUAAUUAACUAUUAUGAUUAUUGAAAAUAAAAUAAAAAUAUUAAAGUUGUCAUAGGCGGUUAAUCGUAAUGUAACAAUUAAAUAGUCGAGGUCUUUUUUAUGUGAAAGAAUGCUGUUGUGAUGAUCUCGCGGGCAUAUGAAACUGAGGGAAUACACAUAUUGGAACCUGC